GAAAAGCUUCAUGGAGAGAAAGUCAGGCCAACAAAGCUCGAACGCAGAGACUUGAGCUAUAAACAUUCCCUUGAUAAAUGAUCACUGCGCGAUUUUUAGCACAUUGAUUUGAAAUCUUUCUGCCGUUUUAAAGCUGAAGCGAUGGAAAUCUCCCCUCACUGUCCGGACGGCCUCAGCUCGGACGGCUUUGUUCUCCCAUCUGACAGAAAUCCCAGAAAAAGGAAGUUACCGAGGGAUGUGGAGGCGGAUAUUGAAUACCUCUACAAAGCUGUUCCUCAGCUGGCCAAGGUUUUCCACAUCAUAGACAAGAUUGGAGAAGGUACAUUCAGCUCAGUGUACUUGGCCGAGGCUCAGAUGCUGGAUGGAACGAGGGAGACGUUUGCCCUGAAGCACCUCAUCCCAAUCAGCCAUCCGACACGCAUUGCUGCUGAGCUGCAGUGUCUCACCGUGGCAGGAGGCACGGAGAACGUGAUCGGAGUCACAUACUGCUUCAGGAAAGAGGACCAUGUGGUGAUCGUGAUGCCCUACGUCGAGCACCAGGCCAUCGUGAAUAUUAUUGACUCACUGAGUUUCGAAGAGGUGCGUCUGUACAUCUACCACCUGCUGAGAGCCCUGAAACACAUCCACCAGUUUGGAAUUAUUCAUCGGGACAUCAAGCCAAACAAUUUCCUGUACAACAGGAAGAGAAAAGUGUAUGCUCUGGUGGACUUCGGCCUGGCUCACGGUACAGCCGACACCAAGAUCGAGAUGCUGAAGGUGGUGAGGCAGAAGUUGUUGCAGAAAGGUGUCGGGUCCACGGAGAAGCACAAUUCCACACAGGAUCGCAAAGCACCUCUUAAAGUUCCUCAGAAAGUCACCGCCGGCAGAGCUGCCGCCGCCGCCACCGCCACCUCAGCCCCGCCGCCUCGGCCUGCACGGCAAUCGGUGACCCUGCCACCUUCCUCCUCCUCCUCCUCCUCCAGCACGCCCUCCUCUGCCGCUCAGAAAGCACCACAUAAAAAAGCGCGUUCUGUCGACGCCACCGCCACACACACCAAGCACACAAAGGAUCUGACAAGACCGAGCAAAGCGCCAAGGCCGGUGUUUGGAGAGAGGAACCUGAACAGCUGCACUCCGACUCCCUCCACCGCCAAACAAGCUCUGUCCAAAAUAGAACUUGUCAAGCCGAGCAAACCGGGGCCUCCAGCAGCUCGGUGCUCGAAGCCGGCGGAGCCGCAGGGCAGCCGUCAGAAACCCCUGAAGGCCGUGCAGCAAGGCCUCACCUGCGACUGCUUCCUCUCCAACCAGGUCUGCAACGUCUGCACGAGCAGAAGGGAACAAGUCGCACCGAGAGCAGGAACGUCUGGAUUUCGAGCUCCUGAAGUCCUGACGAAGUGUCCCAACCAAGACACAGCCAUCGACGUGUGGUCCGCCGGAGUCAUCCUGCUCGCUCUCCUCAGCGGCCGCUACCCGUUCUUCAAAGCCAGCGACGACCUGGUGGCUCUGACUCAGAUCAUGAGCGUGCGGGGCUCCAGGGAGACCAUCCAGGCCGCCAAGUCUCUGGGUAAGGCGGUGGUCUGCAGCUGGGACUUCGCUCGACAGGACCUCAGGAAAAUGUGCGAGAGGCUUCGGAAACGCGGGACGGGCGAAGACAGAGCCGCCACCCGGGAUCAUGACAUCCAGGAAGCUCCGCCUUCUGCCGCUCUGAGCAAAGAGGAACAUCCAGGCAGCCAGGAAACCAAAUCCCUCCUCUCAGAACGGUCGGAGGGGGACCAGCGGGGCUGGGACCGGGUUCCCGACGAGGCCUACCACCUGCUGGACCGCCUCCUGGACCUGAACCCCACAACCAGGAUCACGGCCGCCGAGGCGCUGCAGCAUCCUCUGUUCAAAGACCUGGGAAGCUCCGGCGAGACUCAGGAGGUCAUUUAAAGAGUAAAUAUGGCUUCGAGACGAUCCGGACCAUCAGACAUGAUCCUUCGCCUCCAUCAGCUCCUCGAUCCGCACCAGCACGCUCUCCAUCAUGUCGAACGUGUGCAGCGCCGAGUGCAGA